GCCACAUGAAGCCAGUCUUUGUGAACAAACCCACGCCGGAGCAAAGUCUCCGGGCCAUCUCUAGCAAACAGUUAUGUGCGCAUCUCUACGCUGCGGGCUACUUGAAGACAUCGCUGGAGGCGCCUCCUUUGCAGUUGGCAGCGCGAAGUGGAGUGGAAGUGUGUUUGAAGACACUUGUUGGCUGCCCGCCAGUUGAGGAUGACGAUGAGGAUGGGUAUGGGGAUGGGAUGAUGAUGGUGAUUGCGAAUAUAGCGGCGAUGAUGAUCGCGACCGACGACAGCAUAACAAAUGAACAUUUAGAUGGAGUUGCAGGCAAAUGCCAGCGGCCUGCGCAUCUCUGCACUGCCGUCCCACUCGAGGAACUCCUCCAGAUGGAGCUUUAAUUUAAAACAUCAAGCUUACAGAUAGAAAAUUGUUGAACAGAAUUUUAAGAUGACGAAAAUGAAGAUAUAGCUAAGUCUUAAAAUAUUAAGGUAGUCAAAAGGUCAAAAGAACUCACAUAAAGUUUUA